UUUCAUCCUUCAUCCUCUGCUCGACGUGUAUGGUUCUAUAGAUAAUCAUCUCAUACUAUGUGGUGGCCAUUCCAAUGGCUCUUUAUUUAUGUCUUAGGCGGCUUGACGUUCGUUCCUUUGGUCGUCGUCAUUAUCGUUGUGUACGCUAUCAAGUAUGGCUCAUCCCCUAUAAGGGAUGAUGAUCCUUUUAAGCUUCGUAAAAACCAAUUGCAAAGUCAGACGGAGAAAGAGGAGCAACUGCAGAAGCGUCAUUCGAAAGAGAGGGCGACUACUUCCGAGACGCAUUCUUUAUCAGGAUGGCUGACGAUUAGACGUCAGUUUCACUCCAAUAGUACAGGCGGCGACGGAGGCAUUUCUUCAUCAAACAAGGGAGGUUCCUCGAUGGCAACUACUGGAUCAAUUGCGCCUCCACUACCAGAAGUACUGACUGAGGACGAAAAUCCGGCGAAACGGUCAGCAGAGCUGAAAGACAUUGAUCAGUCGAUUAACACUGCACUUGGGGAUUCUAAUGCCCCAAGCAUGAAUCCAGCGGCAAAGUCAACAUAUUCCUCUCGUAUCGCUCAAACAUAUCGCAGCAUUGUUCCCCGACAGAAUAAACUACCUGCACCGAAAUCCUAUUUCUUUUGUGUCCUUAAAUCAUCAGUUCUCUUUUUGUAUGAGGACGAAAGUCAGUCAAAUUGCGCCGCAGCUAUCGGGAUUGAAGACUAUAACGUGGAAGUCGAGGAUGGUGGGGGGCAAUUCAACGGAAGGGACGGAGAGAUGUUUUCAAAAAGAAAUGCGAUAGUGCUGAAGCUCAGAGAAGGAGGAAGAGGUAUCCCAUUACUUAGUAAAUCUAUGAGUGCUGAAGAUGCAGAUGGGGAAGCCAGUGGGCCAAUAUAUUUGUUCUCAAAAUCUAACACCAAGAUGGAAGACUGGUACAUGGCUUUACUUCAGGUGUCCUCUUGCCAACCCACCUUUGACGAUGUAUUCUCAAGCAAAGAUAUGCAAAAUAUGGUGGACACUAUCGAUACGGAACCAGACCCCAUACCUAUGAGAUGGUUCAAUGCCUUCAUGGGUCGAGUUUUUUUUGGAUACUACAGGACAGAAGCGUUCGAGCAAUUUAUCAUAAGCAAAAUUAUGAAGAAAUUAUCAAAAGUCCCAAGACCUAGUUUCCUCAGUCCCAUUGUCGUGCGAGAAGUUAACGUUGGAUCUUCUCCUCCUUUUUUUUCCAAACCGAUGCUUAAAGACUUGACGGCAUCGGGUACAGCAGCUUUUGAGGUCCAUGUCCAACACCGUUCACGUGCUUCCCAGCCCGCCUCAGAUGUUCGACUGACCAUCGCGACGACUGCUACUAUCCCUACCGGCUUUAAGCCAUAUGUAGUAGACCUUGUAUUGGCUGUUGUUCUAAAAUCAUUCGAAGGUAAUCUUUUGGUGCAAAUCAAGGAGCCGCCAAGCAAUAGGAUAUGGUAUGGCUUCACUAAGAUGCCCAAGAUUGAAAUGGAGAUCAUCCCGGUAGUCAGUGAGCGGAAGAUCCAAAUUAGUAUGGUCCUAAAGGCAAUUGAGAAGCAGCUGCGAGAUGUUAUCGCGGAAUCGGUCGUUUUACCUAACAUGGACGAUUUGGCUUUUUUCAAUUCCUGCGACUAUCCCGUCCGAGGUGGGAUUUUCGAUUUUGCAGCGAAAGCCAAAAGAAAUGCCAAGGGGGAAAGAGAAGAUACCUUCCAUGCAUCAGAGAGGUCCACACAAGAUGCCUUGUCACCUAGUUCUGAAGCAAGCAGUACUACGCUUCGUCAAAGACAUCAAAAGCAGACCGUAUACACUUCCACUACCACGGUCCCGCCGCUAACUCCGUCAAUCCCGAGCUCCGAAUCGGGAGCUGAUACUGGCACGGAGAUCGUCCGCACAGAAACAGCACCGAUCACGCUCCCUUCUGGCAGUGCGUCAUCAAAGAAAGCUGCCGCCUUAAGUGCUACAAAGAAAUGGUUCGCUGCUUCAGGAGCCAAGCCAUCAUCUUCGGUGGCUCAGACUUUAACCGGCGGUGUGGGCCAAGGAGCAGAUGAUGAUAAUUCCACUAAUGAGAACUUGUCGAAGAGAAGCAUGGAGAGCCAGGAAGCCGAUAGGAAAAUUGGACAGAAGGGACAAACGAACUGGGAAAAUAGGCCGGAGAUCGCCUCAGUGGAGGUUUCUUUAUCGACUUCUUCUCACUCAGAUAUACCCGAACCGGUGCGAGCUAGUGGAAUCGAUGACGUUACUUCAGGUAGUAGAAGUACGUUGGGUCUCGUUGCCCCUUCGCCAUCUAAGUUUUCAGAAACGUCCUCCAUAGCCACAUCAUCGACGGAAGCAUUUCCCAACGUUAUACCUACCGACGAGACUUUCGCCCUCCCUCAUCAACUAGGGAUGGGAAGCACCUCGUCUCUCAUAAGCAGCCUCCGGUCGAGGGACAAGAAGGCGCUUCAAGCUCAGAUGGACAGUGCUAAAGAUCAGAUGAAGAAGUGGAGCGUGAACUUUGGUGCAAAGCGCCGGUCAAAGGCUGGAAUCAUCGAGGAAGGGGGUAGAUCGGAAAAAGAUGAAGGGAGGCAGGCCCUCUACAGGCCCAAAGAAGAAGAAGAAGAUGUGCGGGAUGACGAUCAUAUACCAUUACCCAGCCAGUCUCAAACUCACAGGAGAACGACCAGUAGUCUGUCGCAUGGGUUGUCACUUCAAGAGAGACUCAAUGCUGCAGCGCACGAAACUCAUGCCACUGUCGUUCCUCAUACACACUCUAGCCCAAUGCUCAUUCCUGAAAGACAACGUUCUUCAUCGACCGUCUCUCGGCCCAGUCUACUUCCGUCUCCCUCCAAAACGUCGAGUUUGGCUUCUGUUGGAGUUUCGCCUUCCAAGUGGACACCCGUAGGCGGGCGACCCACCACCGGUGUGAUCAAAGAUGACGCGGCUUCCACAUCGUCCAAUAUACUUGCAGCCCAAGCUCAACCUAUGUCUCAAGGACACACCAGGCGUCAAUCGAGUUCCGCUCCUGUCUCAACUCAGCCGACUGCAGAGAGAAUUAUGGUGGUGCCUAGCGUACCAAAACGCCCCGGCCAAGUCACAGGUAUUGGUUCCUCUGACCUAGUGCCAUCAAAAUUGAAUGAAGGGUCCGCCAUAAGGCAUGAUCAAGAAGAGGACUCGAAGCUGGAAUCCACGGAAGAUGCGAAAGACGAGCUCAAGCCGGAGCCUUCUACAUUGCCGCCGAGAAAGAAUACUGAACCCAUGCAAACUGAGGAGAAAAUAGAGCAAGAACCACCAAGGGGCAUUUUGCCUGCACAUAAUGUUGGCGUUCCGCCGCCCCUCCCUCCCAGGAAGAGUGCUUUUGAUUCUCCAUCAAAGCCGAAGAGUCUAGGGCAACAGAACGAUCAGAAGGUCCAACUACGCGCGCCAGAGCAGGUACCGGAUCUCUCUGGUAGUGCCCGCUUUUCCGAAGUUUAUCGCUCACAACCAGAGAAAAAAAGUAAUGACCUACGUGAAGAGGUACAUUCGGUAUCGUCUAAUGACAAGCGACCCACGCAUGAUCCCUCGCUGGCUCUCGCCUCUUUCUCUGACAGGCAGAGGAACCGUGGCGAUGAUAAUGACUAUAAUUUUACGCCAUGUGAAUUUCAGGCACCUACUGCCCCCGUAGCACAAAGCACAAAGGAUAGGACCGGCGAUUCAGAUGCCGAGAGUGCACUGAGGAUGGUGACGAUAAAAUAUGAGGAAGCUAGGAAAGCUAAGGAGGCGGAAUCAAAUCCAGAGGGUGAGAAGGUGCAUGUAGUCAAUGAGGAAGAUGAUGUUCUAAAGAACACAAGAGGAUAUGACGCUAAAACGCCGGCUGAAAACAGGGAUUCCACAUUGUUAUAAAAGUCAUCAAACUGGUGGAUUGUUAUCAUAUUGUAUACAGAAUUGGAGGUAUGAAGGUAUAUGCCCAGCUAUAGUCUCAUCUCUAGUUUCGUAACUGCCAAGACCGAUGAAAACAU